GCUUAAGAAUCAUCACAACAAAUCCCUGUCAUUCAGAAUCAUUUGACAGUUCCCCUAAACAACAACAGAAACGCGUGCUUGACUAGAUUCUGAAUUUAACCGGUGUUCGCGCCCAGCUAAUCGAAGAUGACCUGUGUAGGGAAGGAAAACGGGUGUCUCAUAUACCAUGGGAGUAAUUUUCUUAAGCAACGCCUACUGCUAUCGACAUUAAGCGGAAAAGCGAUCGAAGUGCGGGAAAUCCGGCCUCAGCGAGAAACUAAUCCUGGUCUGCAGGAGUACGAAACGAAUCUGCUGCAGCUGCUGGACAAAGUUACCAACGGCACGAUUACACGAGUGGACCGCGAUGGAUGUUCGUUCGUGUAUCAACCGGGGCUCCUGUACGGUGGAAUAAUACAUCAUGAUUGCAGCACUGAGCGUGGCAUCGGUUACUAUCUGGACAUGUUGGUAGCGCUUGGCCCGUUCUGCAAGAAACCACUGCAGGUUACACUGACCGGUGUAACGAACAGCAAGGAGAGCCCGUCGGUAGAUCACAUCAAGGCUUCUGCACUGCCGGCUCUGAAACGGUUCCUGGUCGUGGACGAAGGCCUUGAGCUGAAAAUACUGAAGCGAGGCAUUAUGCCGGGUGGAGGCGGUGAAAUCACAUUCCGGUGCCCGGUUCGCAAAUCGCUGAAAGCUAUCCAGUGUACGAAGCAAACGAUGGUUAAGCGCAUCCGUGGCACGGCCUACUGUUGCAAAGUAAGUCCCGCAAUGGCAAACCGUGCCGUGGAGCACGCGAAAGGCGUGAUGCUCAAUUUUCUGCCCGACGUCUAUAUCAACACGGACCAGCACAAGGGCAAGCGGUCGGGCAACAGUCCCGGGUACGGUAUCAACCUGGUGGCAGAAACCACCGACGGUACCAUGUUUGCUGCGGAAGCUAUAUGCAAAACCAUGGAAGAGCAACAAGGCAAUCCAUCCAUACCGGAGGAUCUUGGCCGGGAGGCAGGCAUGAAGCUGCUGGAUGAGGUGUUCCGCGGCGGUUGCGUAGACUCUACGUUCCAGUGGCUGGUCGCGCUGUACAUGGCGUUGGCGCAGAAGGAUGUGUCCAAGUUUCUGAUUGGGCCCCUGUCACAGUACACCAUUCACUUCCUGCAGCAUUUGCGGGAAUUUUUCGGCAUUACUUUUAAGCUGGAGAAUGCGAACGGCGAAGAGGGCGAGGAGGGGGACGAUCGAGAGGACGAAGAGUUGUCCGGAUCGAACAAGGUGAUGCUAACCUGUGUCGGUGUGGGGUACAGUAAUUUCAGCAAACGUGUUAACUGAUCGAAAAUGUAAGGAUAAAUAAAUGCGCAUUACGCUUAAAUGUA